AAAAUUUUUCAUUGUGGAACCAGUUUUUUUCCCUUGAAUCUUUGAGAAAACAACCAGAAAUUGUUGAAAGUUCACCGUACCGAUAUCGAAUGUUAUUUUCCAGUUAUUCUUCUGUUUUUGACCUUUUUCAUUCAGUGUUUAACCCUUUCAUAUCGUCUAUUCACCUUUCGUUUUUUUUUGCUCCCGUUUGUUUCAUCAAAAAGCCAUUUAAAAUCAUCAUUUCAUAGCAUCAAUUUACCGCAUUUCACAUCAUCUUGUCAUCUUGAAAGCAUCUUCAUCAUCAUUUUUUACUCGAAAACAAAAAAAUGAAAUCUUUUCGGUUAUCAUUCAAAUAUUAUUUUUUACCAUCAUUAUGGUUUCUAUUAUUAUUUUUUCUACAAAUAAUUUGUCUACCAUCAUUAUCAUUAUGUUUAAAUUCAUCCGUUAUAUAUGAAGAUGAUGAUUAUGUUGGUGGUGAAUCAUCGAAUAAUAAACAAAAUGAAUUGGAUAGUCCAACAAAACAUGAUAUUUCCAAUGAUAAUGGAUUAAAAUUGAUCUGUUAUUAUGGAAGUUGGGCUGUUUAUCGACCUGGAAGAGGAAAAUUUCCUGUAGAAGAAAUUGAUCCAUUUUUAUGCAGUCACAUUAUCUAUGGCUUUGCUGGUCUAAGCUAUGAUAAUAAAAUUCGUCCACUUGAUCCAUAUAAUGAUUUAAAAGAAAAUUGGGGUAAAGGUGCAUUUCUACGAUUUACUGGAUUAAAAAAGAUAAAUAGAAAAUUAAAAACAAUGAUUGCAAUUGGUGGUUGGAAUGAAGGUUCAGUUAAAUAUUCAAAUAUGGCCGCAAAUCCUGAAUCAAGAAAAACAUUUGUCAAUUCUGUUAUGGAUUUUUUAGAACGUUAUGAUUUUGAUGGUCUUGAUUUUGAUUGGGAAUAUCCUGGAUCACGUGGUGGUAAACCUGAAGAUAAACGUAAUUUUGUUAUAUUAUUACGUGAAUUAAAACAAGCAUUUGAACCAAAAGGUUAUAUAUUAAGUUCUGCUGUUGCAGCCGGUAAACAUUUUAUGGAUCCAGCAUAUGAUGUACCACAAAUAUCCAAAUAUUUAGAUUUAAUUAAUGUUAUGUGUUAUGAUUAUCAUGGAAGUUGGGAAACCCGAACUGGUCAUCAUUCACCAUUAUAUGGACGGCCAAAUAAUCCGGAUGAUUUUCAAUUGAAUGUAAAUUUUUCGAUAAAUUAUUGGAUUUCAAAAGGUGCACCACGAAAUAAAUUGGUUUUAGGUAUGGGAACUUAUGGUCGUGCUUUUACAUUAAGAAAAGCUGAAAAUCAUGAUGUUGGUUCACCGGCACCACAAAAAGGACAAGCUGGACCUUAUACACGUGAAGGUGGUUCAUUAGGUUAUAAUGAAAUUUGUGAAAUGAAAAUGAAAUUAGGUGAUCGUAUGAAAAGUCAAUGGGAUUCUUAUUAUAUGGCACCAUAUUCAUAUUGGGAUCGUCAAUGGGUUGGCUAUGAUAAUGUAAAAAGUAUUGAAAUUAAAGCAAAUUAUGCAAAAGCAAUGGGCUUAGCUGGUGGUAUGAUUUGGUCAAUUGAAACGGAUGAUUUUGGUGGACAUUGUGGUCAAAGAUAUCCAUUAUUGAAUGCAAUUCGUCGUGUAUUUGAAAGUGAUGAACCACCAAGAUUACCAAAACCAAGUUAUGAUCCAGGUCAAGAUCAAGAAUCAACAAAUCGACCAUCAUCAUCAACGAAUCGACCAUUUCCUUCAUCGACAUCGUCGACAAGAUCACCUAUUCCAUGGCCACCAGCAUCAUCAUCAUCGCAAAGACCACCAUUUUCGUCACCACGUCCAUCAUCAUCAUCACGUCCAACUUCACCGCGUCCUACUUUAACUACAUCAACAAGUCAAAUGCCAAGUAGUGAAACACCAAUAACAACAACAACAAGAUGUAUUCGACCAAGUAUAACAACAACAAGAUCAACGACACCAAUCAUAUCAACACCAAUGAUAACAACAUCAUCAUCAACAACAAGAACAACAUCAACAACAACCAGUCAAAAACCAUGGCAAUCUUCUUCAACAACUGUUCAACCUACAAAUCGACCUGAUGAUGAUUCAAGUGGUGGUUCAACUUGGUGGUCAAGUUCAACACCAUGGUGGCCACAAAAACCAUCACCAGGUGUAUCGGCUAGUUCAGAAAUGUGGUGGUCAUCAACAUUUCCAACAGUGAAUAAAAAAUUCAGUAUUAGUCCACAGAAUAGUAUUGAUGAAAAAAUAACAACAACAAUAAAAAAUCCAUUCAAUUAUCCAACGGAAAAAGACAAAGAAGAAUUUAUCUGUGGUGAAGAAGGUCUAUAUCGACAACCAGAUGAUUGUACAAAAUUUAUUCGUUGUGUUGAAACAAAAAUCGAAGGACAAUUUCAAUUAUUUUUCUAUGAAUGUCCGGAAAAAACUGUUUUUAAUAAUGAAUCAAAAUUAUGUGAUUGGGUUGAAAAUGUACCCGAAUGUAUGAAAUCCGUACCACAUUAUUAUUUUCGUGGUAAUGUUUUUACAUUGAAGAAUACAAUAUUACCAAAAGGAGCUUUGGAUCAUUCAUAGAUCAAAAUCAAGAUCCAAAAAUCAAAAUGGUUAUGGUUUUU